AUGGCGGCCCUUAAACUUUUUUCGCUCGCCUCUGCGUCUGCGCUCGUGAUGGCGAACGCUGUCCAACAAACCGAGAAGCAAACUCCAUUGACAACGAGAGAAGUAACAUCAACCUACACUGUAAAUCUUGGGGAAACUGCUGUGUGCCUCGACGAAAUCAACGAUGCACGCGAAGCCGCCGGACUGGCACGCUUUGUAACGGGCAACACUGAAGACCUAGCGUGGCCUAAAACUGGCAGUGAGGGAACAAAACAGCAAACCAAUGCGUGGGAUCCUGUUUGUAAAGCCCUGAUAGAAGACGACUCACAAGAACCGGAAGAGAGCCCCGCUUCAAGCGAAUUUAAAAGUGGCACGUACGCCUUCAUGGCCUUGGAAUCAGAGACGCCUGACUGCGCCGCCGCAGUGAGCCACUGGAAGGACGCCGCCAGCAACUUCACUACAAUCCCUCCGGCGAAGACUGAAGAAACGGAUCUUUACGACAAACAGCAGAACGUUUCCUUCAUUGCUAUGUACAACCCUUCAAACGGUGCCGCUGCUGACUGCCGAGUCGUUACCUGCACUCUACCGCCAAAUUCCGGACCCGUAGCAUUCAACAUCCGGAAAGCUGCGGAAGAGAAGAAAGGAUAUGCUCUACUGUGCAUGACUACACCUGACGCACUUAAAGACGAGAAGGUUCCCUUCACGGACGACCAGUGGAACAAGAUCAAGGCAUCCAUCACAGGUUCUGCAUCUGCUGUUGCUCCGAGUCUACUGGCCGUCGCUAUUGCGGCCCUUGGCUUGGUUGCACUUUAA